AUGCCAAUUGUACCUGCAAGAGUGUGGCGUCCAGGCUCUGAUGUCUACAUUGACACUUAUGCUAUGCUUGAUCCUGGUAGUAACGCUACUUACUGCAGUGAGUUUCUGUGCAAUCAUUUAGGAAUCCAAGGAACUAUGCGCAAUUUGGAGUUAACCACACUUACACAGAACCGAAUGUCUGUGGAAACAACAGCAGUGUCUUUGACUGUUUCCAGUGUGAACGAGGUUAGUGACUUACAAUACAACAUAGAAGCAACUGUGAGACCAAGUCUGAAUAUAGAUCUCACAGGUAGAUCAACACAAAUGGAUGUUGUGCAGUGGCCGCACCUUAGAGAUUUGGAUAUACCAGAAGUGAAGGCAGACCAAGUGCACUUACUGAUUGGCCAAGACUCUUCAGACUUGUUGCUGCCAACUGAUGUCAAAAGAGGUAAACAGGGAGAACCUUUUGCCUUGCUCACACCACUAGGCUGGGUCAUAAAUGGACCAGUGAACCCUUUUGGCGACUAUUUGAUACAGGCAAGUGUACCAUUGGAAGGUGAUAUGAAGAGACUAUGGGAGAUAGAGGAUGCCUUUGCAGAAGAGAAGGGCUGGUCAGUUAGUGAUCAGAAAGCAGUUGACACAUGGAACAGUACACUCCAGGUGAUAGAGGGACAUUAUGCAUUGAGUAUACCAUUCAAGGCACAGCGACCUAGUUUACCUGACAACAAAUUCCUAGCCGAGAAGAGGUUAAUAUCAUUAACCAAGCGCCUUAACAAGGAUGACACACUAAAAAGAAAAUACUCUGAAGAAAUCCACAAACUGUUAAAAAAAGGAUAUGCAGAAGUAGUCCCUGAAAAAGACUUGCACCGCCAUGAUGGCAAAGUGUGGUAUCUGCCGCACCACCCUGUGUUGAAUCCAAAGAAACCAGAAAAGUGUCGCAUUGUUUUUGACUGUGCUAAGUAUGGUGGCUCUUCACUCAAUGAUCAUGUGCAUCAGGGACCAGAUUUGACCAAUGGACUUGUUGGUGUUCUGUUGAGAUUCCGACAAGGAGCAGUGGGAUUUAUGGCCGAUAUAGAGUCCAUGUUUCAUCAAGUGCGUGUUACCCCUGAAGACAGAGACUCACUUCGCUUUCUGUGGUUUGAGAACAACACAUCACAACCCCUACAGACCUUACGAAUGACAGCUCAUAUCUUUGGAGGAGUAUGGAGCCCGAGCUGUGCAAAUUAUGCCCUUCAAAAGGUAGUUGAAGAGUAUCGCAACAUGUAUUCAGAAGAAGUACUGAACACAGUUCUUCGCAACUUUUAUGUGGACGACUGCCUGAAGUCUGCAAAUAGUGUUGAGUCUGCUAUAGUUUUAGCAAAGCAAGUUAAAGAGCUUCUGAAUAGAAGGGGAUUUCAUCUUACUAAAUAUAUUUCUUCAUCACCAGAACUGCUGAAGCAUAUACCAAAGGAGGACCGAGGAAAAUCUUUGAUAUCUCUGCAGUUGAAUUUGGAGGAUCAAUCCACGGAGAGAGCUCUAGGUAUGCUGUGGCAUGUGAAUACUGAUUACUUAGGAUUUGAUGUACAAGUGAUGCAUAACAGAACCCAAACCAAAAGGAAUGUGCUCAGUACACUUAGCACUGUGUUUGACCCUCUAGGCUAUGUCAGUCCAUUCAUAUUACAGGCUAGGAGAAUAUUUCAGCAAUUGUGCAGACUACAAAAAGGCUGGGAUGAACCACUUCCAGGAACUGGGUUAGCUGAUUUGCCAGAGAUUAAAAGGUUUAAGGUUCCCAGAUGCUUUAAUCCAACAGGUUUAACUAUAAAAAAGGCUCAACUUCAUCAUUUUUCAGAUGCUUCUGAAUAUGGGUAUGGUGUUGCAUCAUACUUGAGAGUAACACUUGAGGAUAACUCUGUAUAUAUUAACUUGAUUAUGGCUAAGUCACGUCUCGCACCCCUGAAAGGUUCUACAAUCCCAAGACUAGAACUAGCUGGAGCUCUAGAAGCUGUAAGGCUUGAUAAAAUUCUAACUAAAGAAUUGGAGAUACCUCUAGAAAUAUCAGUAUACUGGGUGGAUAGUCAAAUAGUACUAUGGUACUUGAACAGCUCAGAUAAACGUUUCCAAACAUAUGUAGCCAACAGAGUAGGUAAAAUUCUUGAUCACACUGAAGUCAGUCAGUGGAGGUAUGUACCUUCUGAAGAAAAUCCUGGAGAUGAUGCAUCUCGUGGAAUGUCUGCAUCAGAUUUGCUGAGGAAUGAUAGGUGGGUUGGUCCAAAUUUCUUACAGUGUGAAGAACAUAAAUGGCCUGUGCAACCACUGUUUAGAUGUUCAGAAUUGGAAGAAUUCUUAGAACUGAAGGCAAGUCCAGUGGUUUGCAGUAUAAAAAGUAAUGCUGAUCAUACUUGUAAGUUACUAAACUACUACUCAUCGUGGUUUAAAAUGAAGAAAGCUGUGGCGUGGUACAUUAGACUUAAACAUUUCUUAAAAAGGAAACCAAGGUUGGGACCUAUAACAGUAAAAGAGUUCAAGGAAGCAGAGAGAAAUAUUAUUUUGUAUGUACAGAAGACUCUCCCAAAGGAACCUUUACAGUUAAAGAAGCUAAAUCCAAUCAAAGGAGAUGAUGAUUUGCUGAGAGUGGGAGGCAGAUUAACAAAUUCUCAACUUGAAGAAGAUGCAAAACACCAGUGA